AGCCGCCGCCGGUCGCGCUUUCGCUCCUCCCCGCCCGCGGAAAACUCGCGAGAAUCACGCGGUCAUGCUCCACGCCGCCACGCUCGUCUUCCUACUAGGUGUCCUCCUCAACCGAACAGACUGCAGAAGACACCAGAGGUUUGUCAUAAGCACCGCAGCGCCUUAUGUCGACGACUUCGACGAGGACGAAGACUUCGAGGACCUGAAAGAGGCCGACGACGAUGACAGGGUCUACAAAAAUCCGAGGAACUUCCCCUCGGCCGAAUGCCCCAGGGAUGAAGUCUACGCCGCUUUUAUGGGCCAGAAAUGUUUACGAAAGUGCUCAUCGCAUGAGGAUUGCAAGAGUAAAAAGAAAAGAUGUUUGUGCGACGGUGCAUGUGGAAUGUCUUGCAUAAAACCGGAAAAGGAGUGUCCGGAGUUGACCAGCCCUGACCUGGGGAUGAUCGAGGCGACGGGGAGGUUUUUCAACGACAAAGCAACGUACAGUUGCAACCCUGGCUACCACUUGGUCGGCCUCAAAGAGCGGGUCUGUCGCGCUGAUGGCAGCUGGACUGGUGUCGCGCCCACCUGCAAGCAGAAUGUGUUUUGCCACGCGCCUCCGGAGAUCGAGAACGCGCGGCACAACGGGUUCCCGGAGCAGACGACGUUCGACGUGGACGUGACGAUCCAGUACCAGUGUCAGCACGGCUACGACACCGACGGAUUCUCGCAGGCCAAGUGCCUCGCCAUCGGGGGCGCCACCGCGUCUUGGUUCGGACCCGAUAUCUCCUGCAAACCUCGGUCUUGCGGUCCACCACCCAGGAUCACGAACGGGUGGUAUCCUCAGGAAUGUUACACUUUCGGGUGCAGGGUCAACUAUCACUGUGUGGAGGGGUUCGAACUGGUCGGCCGCCAGGACACCAUCUGUCAGGCUGAUGGAACCUGGUUCCCUCGUGAGCUUCCCACAUGUGUGCUGGUUACAGCCGUUCAGUGCCCAGAGCCUGAGAACCCGGUGAACGGGAAAGCUAUCUUCACUUCGACCUCGUAUAACUCGAUCGUCUCCUACGAGUGCCGCCACGGCUACACCCUCUCCGGCAAUCUCACCCGCCGCUGCGGACCCGAUAAACGCUGGUCCGGCUCCAUGCCCAAGUGCCAAGAGAUCAACUGCGGUCACCCGGGGACUCUGCACAACGGCUGGCUGGAGAAUAUCGAGUCCGGGACUGGGCUCGGAGCCAGCGUCAUUUUCCGCUGCCACGAGGGCAUGCUUCUAGAGGGCAACACCUCCUCGCUUUGCCUCAAAGACGGCACCUGGCGCUACCCCCUCCCAAAGUGCCUCGCUCCGUGCGUGAUUCCGGAGGUGGCUCAGGGUCGCGUGACGGUCACGCACGGGUCUCCGGGGAACGUGAGCGUGAUGGCGAACAUGGCGCCGCACGGGGCGCGAUUGGUGCUCCACUGCGAGGACAAGUUCGAGCCGUCGGCCAACAACACGCCGGUCAUCUGUCAGAAUGGCACGUGGUCUCGCCUUCCAAGCUGUCAGCCAGCCCGAUGUAAAUAUUUACCAAAAGCUCCUGCCAACGGUAUCGUAAUUGCCCCCAAAACGGACCACUUAAUGCGCGCUAAAUUCAAGUGCAAGGACGGAUUUGUGCUUGAAGGCGAAUCCUCCACUGAGUGCCUCUAUGGGACGUGGACUGAGGCCCAUCCUGUCUGCACUGAAGUAUACUGCUCCUUCCCGGGCAACGUGGAGAACGGGAAGGUGAUGCUAGUUGGGAACAUGGGCGUCUACGACUACCGAUCUUACGUCAGGCGCGUCGUCAACAACAAGCAGAUCAUGUACGAUUGCGAUCGAGGCUAUUAUCUCAGCUCGGGACCGCCGGGAGCCACUUGCAUCGGAGGCUACUGGAGCCCCAAACAACUACCCAAAUGUGUAUUGGGUCAACACCCACGCAUAAACACGGGCCGUGCCAUCAGGAGUAUUCGCACAAAAGUUCUCAGGCAAUUGCAGCGGGUUCGCAGAGCUCUGUCCGGCCAAAACUCACAGGUGAGUAUGCGUAAAACGGUGUCAGGGUCGAGUGACAAGAAGGACAAGCAACAAGGAGGAGGACGGAGAGGAAACAUGAAUGAAGGAGGGGACGAUGACGAUAGCCUCUACGGUGGGGACUCAGACAAAAAAGAGGGCAGGAAGCACAAAAACCGAGGAAAAGGGCCUUGCGAACCAAUCUCGACGGAGCCGUAUUUUCACUCGGAGCUGAUCAGACCCGGACACAACGAAAACGACACUUUUUCACACGGAUCCAUCUACCACGUGAUUUGCGCCACUGGCUACGGACUCAACGUCAAAAAUAACAACACCUUCCGCUGUGCUCACGGCAAAUGGCGACCCAAGAAACCAGAGUGUUCCCUCCUACCUUGCCCGGUACCCUCCGUUGCCCAUGGCGAGUUCUUAUUAUCAAAUAAUGCAACCAACUGGACGUCUAUUACCUUGAAUGAUAGUGAAGAUGUUCCUAGCGAUGUGGAAGUUGAAUUUUCCUGUCAUCAAGGUUUCAACCUUCAAGGUGCGUCAAAACUCAUGUGCGAACGAGGGACGUGGAAUCCGGCAGAUCUUCCCGAGUGCACACCAGCACCUUGUGAGUUGCCACCGAUUACUCACGGGCAGUACUUGUCAGGCUACAGAGCAGGUCUCACAAUCGGAAAUGGAUCUUCUGUAAUAUUUACCUGUGACAAUGAAUACAUAAAAAGCACAACUGGCACAAUCGAGUGUGUGCUGGGCGAGUUGCGACCAUGGGCUCCAGGUUGUAAAAGAGAUCCAGGUCUGUUUAUCCCUGGUGGAGAUAUUCUAAGAGGUGGAGAACUCGGAACUGUUGAUCUCAUCGCUGGUCUGAAAGGCUCGUGUGGUCCUCCAGCCCGAGUCCAUAAUUCCAUCGUCUUCCGGAAUGGUGUUCAAGUUACUGAAAAGGAGAGAAGUUUUCCUGACGGCACAGAAAUUACUUUCAAUUGUAUCGGAAACAUAAUGGGAGAAAAAUUAUCCUGGAGGAUAAUCUGUGAAGAUGGUAACUGGCUUGGACGAUCACAUUCAUGUGACAUUGAAACUCCAUCUGACCAUGGAUCAUCAAAGGAUAACUCAACAUGUACGUUUAGAAACACUGAGCCCAAUGUUGCUACGUUUUUUGAAAAUCAACUGAUUGCUGAAGAUGUCAUGGAAUUCCCUGCUGGCACCACUUUGGUUUUCAGAUGCACAGACAUCGGAAAAUACGCUUUAAUUGGUUCCAACUUCAGGAAAUGUGUUGGUGGCGAAUGGGAAGGCCAAAAGCCAUCCUGUUUUGGCUUGAAUCAAGAAAACGAUUAUGCAUUGGAAAAACCUCCUACGAUUUUAUUCCGGCAUCAACAGGGUCCGAUCGCUCAAAGUAACGAUGGGAAGCUCAUUGUUUAUCCUGGCACAAUCUUGCACAUGGAGUGUCUAUGGAUUCGACGGUUUGGCACUCCAAAAUGGAAUGUCAGUCAUAGUUACAGGCAAUACCCAGAGGGUUGGAACGCUGAUCCAGGAAGAGACUCUCAACUCGAAUAUAGACUCAGUAUUUUCCAUGCAAGCAAAGAUGACUCAGGAGUUUUCACUUGCGAAACUCCGACUCGACAUGCACAUUCCAUUGAAAUAGUCGUGACAGCUGUUCACUGUCCAGUGCUACCCCCGAGACGGAGUUUGACCAUAAGUUCACAAGCAACUAAAAUGAACAGUCUCAUCAAAUUCACUUGUGGGAACGGUAAUGCUUUGAUAGGUGCGAGCGAAAUUACUUGUUUGCCAUCAGGCAACUGGAGCGCGCCACUACCAGUGUGCGAAAGUGUAGAAUGUCCUGAUCCAGGGAACUUGACGGACCCUAAUCUGAGAGCAGCGGUCAUUAGUCGUGCAGUUGGCGGGCAAAUGAUGUUCAGCUGCACGCAGGGCUACGGUUUGAGUGGGCCGGCGUACUCAACUUGUCAAGUGACUGGAGAAUGGUCGCAGCCUUUCCCGAAAUGCGCCGAGGUGGAGUGUGAGUGGCCGGGGUUACCCGAUCAGGGGUUUUCUCUGAGCAGACGAAAACUUUACAGAGCUGGCGACUUGAUACAUUACGGUUGCAGUCCUCAGCUCAUGUUAGAAGGCUCCUCUGUGAUAAUUUGUCAAGAUAGUGGCAGGUGGUCUGGUCCUAUACCCAAAUGUGUUCAAGCUUGCCCGUAUCCAGGCACAGUUAUUAGCGGGCGUAUGUCUGCCGUUAAAUUUUACUACGGCAUCGGCGAGACGCUAACAUUUACCUGUGAUGAUAAUUUGAAUCUUCAAGGAGCAUCAAUGAUUCGAUGCUUGCGAAGUGGCAAGUGGUCAAAUGCAAUUCCAGCUUGUGUCCCGCAAAAUUCUGCAACAGCCGCAACACCUUCCAGUGGUUAAAUAGAUAUUUUCCUUGUUUUCAGCAGAUGACUUCGAAAGAAUAUUCCUCCAAAACUUCGGAAGAGAAAAACAAACAAAUACAACAUUUUUUGGUCAGUGUCAGUAUUUUCUGUGGACUAGAAAUUCGGACAAAUAUAGCUUUCUUUUAACUAUGGACCUCUUCACAAGAUACAAAUUCAAGCAUUCUGAUUUAUGUCACAUCUUCAAAUUAUGAAGAAUUCAAUCUGCGCUACAAAAUUAACUGAUAUUAACUCCCAACCAAGACCAUGACGUUUUUAUGUAAUGCAGCAUUAGUUAUGAAAACUUUGAAUCUCCCACUCAUAAAAAAACCAGGAGUCUACUUGAAUCAAUUUAUGUACUACAACGGUAUUGGCAGGCCUCUCAAUUAAUCAGUGCUACUUUUCUACCCUGUGUUGUUCUAACUGUAAAGAAUGUCCUAUAGCUGAGCCUAAAUUGUGUUCUGUGUGAAAUUUUGAUGAAAAAAUAUAUCGAAUGCCAAAGUGCGAAGCCACAUAUCUCGAGCAGUGUUUCAAAAUUUACGCUCCUAUUUUAUUUUUCUGAAGAAAAACAUGCCAAUCUCAUAGUUCAAAAUUUACACAAAACAUCCUGCUAACACAGAAAAAAAUGAAGGAAAUUUUCAACAAAUUUCAUUGACUAGUUUUCGAAAGAAAACAUAUAGUAUGACAGGAAGUCUGCAACAUUGCAAAAGGUGGUAGUUGGUUUCGCACUUUACCCAUCGAUAUAUCAUAAUGCUUAAAGUUGCACCUUGUUUAGUAGUCCUUUGCAGUUCUUAAAGAGGCAGUAACCAAUCAAUUUCUUUUACAUAGAUUUCCUCUCAAUGUGGGCAAGAAACUCAUUUGAUGAGAGUUCAGUAUGGGCAAAAAUAUCGGACCUGUCGUCAGCGCCAAUAUCAGUUUGGCUCUUGGUAGAGUUCAUCAGGUGUGCGUGGAUGACCAGUCCCGCUUUGAAGCUUGAGCAAGUCAGCAUGCUGAACCCGGCAGUAAGAAACAAACUAGAACAGCCCGUUUCAUGCUCUCUACCGCUAAGUCACCAAACCACUAUCGUUUUGCAGUUCGCUUUGCCUACACUAACUCUCCUCAAAUAAGUUUCUUGUUUGCAUACUGAAAAAAAUCUAUACUAAUAAAAAGCAAUUGGCUGAUACUACCUAAAUAAGAGCAAUUAUUACUAAUCUUCGGUCAUUAGCAAACUUUGAUUUAUAUAGCUUUUUCUCCUUAUCAUACAAUAAUUGCCUCCCCAAAAUUAUGAUUUAUUUUUUUUUACAAGAAAUGAUAAAUCUUACGAUAUACAUAUGCAGAUGGGCUUGUUAUAAACUCGCUUUAUUACAUUAAGAUUUUCUCAUUUUUCAUGAGCAAAAUUUUUCUGAGAUAAUCAGUUUAUAUUUUUGAAUGAAAGUUUUCAAAUCGGUUUUUCGGCCUAUUUGUGUCAAAUGACCUAUUUUCAGCUCCAGCGUAAUUCUUAAUGUUUAACAUAAACAAGUCAGUGAUACAUCCAGUGCUUAUGAUUUCGCACCCUCUUGUCGUGGAAAAUCAUUCACCCCUCAUUCUCUCCCCUCCUGGGUUGUUUGUAAAUACACUUUUUUUUAAAAAAUUUGAAAGUAUAAUUUAUCAUUCAAUUGCUACAACUACAGUACAUAAUAAAGGUAUCUGUUAGCUAUUUUUAAGUGACUAAUUAAGCUUAGCUAAUUUUCUAUCUCUUGGUGGAAUAUUUUUUUGGAGUCUCUGGCUUAUUUUGGUUAUUUUUAUUGAAAAAAGAAAGAAAAAUAGAAAAUUUAUUGAUUCCUAAACUCGUGACGAUAUGAUAUAUUUUUGUAUUUGUUUAUUUUUAAAUUGUUUAGCUGUUGAAUUUAGAAUGGUGCAUCCCUCUUGUUUAUCACGAACAAGAAAGGAAUCAUUUUUGUUAUCAUCUUUUAAGUCUCUUUUUAUUCUUCAUGGAUUCAUUCUUAUCCUAAAUUUACCGUUCACACUUCAAACAAAAUGUGUUUAAUUCCCUAAUAUAUAGUCGCAAUUUAGACCAUGGGACUUGUUGCAAAUGCAGUUUUUUGCUUUAAUUAAAUAUUAACGUCAUGUUGAUCGAUUCUCAUCGAUGUGGUAGUCUUAAACUCACAUUAGAGUUACUCUUUAAAUGAAGGCUUCAAAUACUUAUGUCAAUGUAGGUGUAAAAACCAAGGUUGCCUCUAUUCACCAAGAUAAACCUCAUACAUAACAUCACUUAAAAAUAAAGUUACCUGUAAAUUUUCUGGGAAAAAACGAGCUUUUAUUCUACUAGUCUGUGGCACAUUCCUGAAGAAUAUGUCUAUCUCAUCUCUCCUGUCCAAUUGAAACAAGGUUUUAUUUGAUCUGUGGAUCAAACCCUCCCUCCCCCACAUCUUCGUUGCGAGAAGACCUUUGAACUUACUCGAAACUUCUACUCUGUAGGAGCUGCGAAGAUAAGACCCAAGUUCGUCCUACCCCGAGGUUCAAAACUCACAAAAAUUUAAGUAUUACAUUUUAUCGAUCCUUCCGCUGUUCCUUCAAAACAUAUCGAUUGGUGCCGAUUUGUCAAAUGGUAACUGUUUGGUUUAUUUCUGUCUUUCUCAAUAACACUUUUUACUGUAUUUAUUGUCGCAUUGAAGGGUUUUUAUGAGUUUUAGGCAAAAACAAAAGACACUUUUUGCGUGAUAAUUUUUGACAAUACUCAAAUGUUUAAUGAAACUUGAAAGUUUUACACACUUCAUAGACGAAACCCAUGAAGAUUUCGUUUUUUUUUUUAAGAAGGAACGUAUCUAGCUCGAGCUGUUUCAGUACUUCUAUGAACAUAUUUUUUCUCAUGCAAGAACCACCGCAUGAAUGAAUCUGAAAAUUUCAUAGUCUUUAAAAUUACCAGAACUUAAAGGAAAAUUCAUGCGAUGAUUCUCCUAUGAACAAAAGAAUGUAAGUAUGAAAUACUGAAACAGCGCAGUUGAGAUAUGUUCCUUCAUGAAGGAGAUGACGAUUUGUAUCAUUGUAAUGCCCUCUGUUUUUGAGCUUCGUUAAAAUAAGCAGUAACUUAUCCUUGACAGUGGCUUAGUUCACUCCCAACCUUAACGCUUACCAUUUUCUAUUAAAUUUCUCAGUUGAUCAUCAAUGAUAACACAAAUCAACAUUCGGGAUCCAUUUUCUCUUGGAAAUGACUUGAUGUAUCUAAAGGCAUAUCAUAUCAUCAGAGGCAUUAAAUCUUCUUAUCUUUUAAGUGGUAAUAUUGAACAAUAAUUUCCUCUGAGUUUACGCGAAUGUAUCUUUAUGUAUCUCUUUCAAAUUUGUUUGUUAAAAAUUUUUUGAUCGUCUUUUUUGAAAUGUAAAUAGAUGUUUAGAUUAAGGAACUCAAAUUGCAGAAAACUAAUAUCUGAUAGUACUCCAACCAACCGAAGGGGCACCAACCUCCGAUGAUAAGAGAAUCAGCUGAGAUUCGUCCUGACUUUUUAUUGUGGACAUUACUCAUGAAUUUUGUAUUAAUCUCUUCAGAAUACUAUUAAUAAACCAAAAACAGUUUUCAAAAAUAA